AUGAGUUCCAACAGAGGUGGGCGUGGCUCCUCUAAUUCUUUGAGUAGAUCGAAUUCUGGAAGUAAUUUAGAAUCAUUAGAGGAUUAUCGUCGUAAUAUAGGCUCGAACGUUAAUGGUAAUCGUGUAGCUACUCCCAGUGCUUCCCAAAUCCCUCAAAGACAACCGAGAGAUGCGGCAGUGGCCUGUACCCAAAGAAUUCACGAAACUUUUCCGAGGAGAAGAAAUGAGAACAGUGCAGGCUCGGAAGCACCUAGAAAGCAAGCGAGGCUUGAAAGUGAGAGUAGUGAGACGAACAGAGACGAAGCUGAGGCGCAAGCAGAAUUGAACAUGCAUCAAGCAAUGUCCAAUUUGGCAAAUACGAGCAGGAACGAACCUGCUCCAAAUGCGCAAAAUGAAGCUGAGUCUGAACCUGUCGUGAGUAGACCUGAGCCAAACCCAAUGCAAAGCCUGUUGGAUAGCCUCGACGCUGAUGUACAGCAAGCGUUAAGCCAAGAUAAUGUCGAUUCGGCUGCAGGUCAAAACCUGCAAGCUGAAGAUUUACUAAAUAGGACAAUAAAUCCGAGGCGAUCGAGUUCUAGGGAGUCUGGACGAACAGUGACUGUCUCAGACAACCCCGAAUCGCGCCGUGAAUCCAGUGGUAGCCAAAGUGCGGUGCAAAGGCCUACUGCGAGGCGCAUCAGCCCCCUACCACCCCCUCGAAGUGUAAGAGCGAGUAGCGAACCUGUCUAUGGGGUGACAGUCGAAAAUGUCACCACGAGCAUUGAGGAAGAAGCACAGGCGCAAAUGGCGAGUAGAUUUAGGGAGUUGAGCCUAAACAACGUAAGAACUAGGCCCCGAGAGACGUUAUUUGGUGGUUUUUUACCAUCCGAGAAUAGACCUAGGGACCCGAGUGCACCUCCUCCCUACUCUGCUGUAGACCCCCUCGCAAAUGGUCAGCCACCACUAGGCACCAGAGAUGCGUCGCGACGAGCUCAAAAUAAUUUUCAACAGGAAGUUGACACAAUGACUAGACCAGCGGUUACACGCGCACGUCCGAGCGUGAACGUAGCCAUUAGAAGAUUUGAUUUUAGGCCGGUGAAUUUAGGCGUUGAGCACCAGCUUAUCCGAGUAGAAAAUAGACGACCGGAAACUGCUACAGACGCGUACGUUAAUGCGCAAAUACCUAAUUUGCGCGAUAAUUGCGAAAUCUUAGACCAUAGAACCGAAUGCAUUGAGACUGAAUUAUCGCGUACUCGCGUUGAUUUGGAAACAAUAUACCGUGAGAUUCAAAAUAAUAUAAUUGAUAGAGAUACAGCGAGUACCGCUCGAAUGCGCCAAAUGGCACAGGCAUGGGGUACCAAUCACUCUAGGCUUAUAAAUCGUAUCGGUGAUGAGAUUCAUAAUGAAGGUCUGAGAAUGACACAAACGAUGGACGCGGUAGCGGUGCUGGCCGAUGAGAUUCGGGUUGAAAGGCAAGCGAGACAACGAGACGCCGGUCUAAUUAGAUUAUUAACACAGCGAGUCGUUGAGUUGGAAAAUGAGCGUCAGGCCGAGGCGCCGCAAGGCGGGAGGCCACGCUCCCAAGUUCAAGCGGGCUCAAACAUUCCCCAAAGUGACCCUGUACCACCCGAUGGCCGAAGAUUCGGGUUUGACAACCAUUUUCAGUGGCAGGACAUUCCUGCAAGAUGGCAGCAGGGUCCCCAGAUGAGACCACAACAAGCUUCGCAACAAGAUGUGAGAAUUGAGCAGAAUAAUGCGCAAUCAAACAGUGCGCAAUCGAGACCUGAGGGUCGAGGAGAUUCGUUUGGAAGUUUGAGUAACGACGCGCAGCCUCACAGAAGCGAAGCUGAAUUGAUAAGAUCUAUGCAAUGCAAUGCCUUAGGGCUGAGAAUUGCAUACGAGCCGCUAAAUGAGAAUGUAAAUUACGGUGCCGGAAAUUGUGCAGCAAAGUUAAGCACGCUGCAAGUAUUGAAAAUUAUUUACGAUGAAAGUAACGAAUUUGAGCCGCAUCUCUUCGUGCGCCAAUUUGAGGAGGCAAUGGAGAGUAUGUAUGCGAAUGAGACGAUGUAUAUUAGUAUGUUUAGGCAACUAGUAACACACCCGAAAGCGGCUACUUGGAAAGCGAACACCGGUACCGAAAAAUCGUACAAAGCGUUGAGACAAUCGUUCUUGCAAGCAAUGUGGAGCCAGCAGCGUCAGGAAGACGCAAUGAGUCAUGUUAGAGCAGUAGUACUUCCUGCUACACGUUCUACUGAUAUGGCAACAGUUGCGCUGCGCUGGUUGCGAGUAGUCUCGAAUGUGCAAACCACCGAAUGGCAAAUGAUAAAUGCCGUAUAUCCGCGAAUUAAUCCAAUUUUAAGAACUAGGAUUACGAAUGAGGAGCGUAACGAUAUUGUUUUGUUUGCGAGACGCCUCAUAGAAAUGACUCAAAACGAGGAGUUCAUUGAAGGAGUACCGAACUUGCAGCUCAGAGUUCAAGAUAAUGCUCAACCUCAAGUUAAUCGUAGAAAUCGUACGAACGAUAACUGGCAGAGAGGCGCUAGUAACAACAACGGCGCUAGAGCAAACUCAGCGGAUACGAGACGUAACAAUGGCGGUGGUUAUAGGUCAAAUGACAACAAUGGCCGUAGAGACGACAGAGCUAGAUCUGACAACCGAGACGCUCGAAAUACACGUGAUAAUCGAGACUCACGUGACAGCCGCGACACUCGUGACAACAGAGAUUCGCGGGAGAACCGUGACAACCGAACGCGCAAUCGCGAUGAUACUCGCAACUCCCGAGAUAGCCGCGAUAACAGAGAAGAUUCGCGAAGACGUACUAACGACACCGGAGCCACAGCUUCUGGCUCAAACUCGAAAAGAGACGACAACAAAGGAGAUGCUAGACGUGAUCGUAGAGCGAGAGACGGUGGUACCACCAACGAGGCUGAUGCAGGCUUAAAAAAGAAAAGAGCCACAGCCCCCCCCGAGCCCGAUCUCCCCUACGAAGAGUUUGACUUAGUUGGCGACGCAUUCGCGCAAUUAUUAACCGAAAUCACAAAAGCUAGAGCUAAAAACAACGGUAGCGGAGACGAUGCUAAAAAAGAAAGCAAGAGUAGCGUUGAAAAAAUUUCUGAGAACUGUACGAUGGCAACCGUGCGUGAACAUGUCAAAAAAAGAGAAUUUACUAAAAAAAGAGUAAUUUUGUCAUUGGGCACGUAUGAAAUAAAUAAAGGUAGUAUUCGAGAUAGCCAUAUGAGACGCAUACUACGAGAAGUAAUUUUCACUCUGAAGGAGAAAGGCAUUGAAGAUGUUAAGUUGCUUUUUCCCAUGAUUUUUCCAGCUGGAAAAAACAAUCGAGGAGUGACGGCGAAACGUUAUUAUGCUUGGAGGAGGAUCUUUGAGGAGGUUUGUGAUAAUGAAACCGUCACAUUGUGGUGGUCGCCGGCAGCAGUGUUCAUUAGACUGAACAAGCUCGAAGAUGGCAGGUUGAAGUUCCAACCUGACAAAGAUGGCAAGAUUAUUCCGCGAGAUAACAGACUUCAAAAGAAAGGGAGUCGAUACAUGCCUAAUGAAACUGGCGAGAAAGACCUAUUAUUCGAGUUGAAAAAGUGCUACAAUUACAAGUUUAAGCCAAAAAAGUCAGUUUUUAACUCUGAGAAUUUAUGUGUCGAAACAAGCACAAACUUGUCUGCGGAAGUUGUUACUGAGUCGGAUGGUGAUUACUUGGUAACCACCAAAGAGUCGGUUGAAAAAACAAAAGCAAAAAUGCCAGAGAGUAGCCGGCCGUUGGCGCGAAUCAUUGAAGACCUCACCAAGAUGGAAGUUAAGCUGUCACCUGAUUGGCAGAAGAAAGUGAAAAUGGUGUGUAAAGCCUGGAAGAAUAAAAAAGGCGAAGCCAUCGAAGAAAGUUCUGGAGAAGAAGAAUCAACGCAAUCGGAUGGGGCAAGAGUCAAUCAAGAAGCAGUUACGGUCAAUCAGGCGGAUGCAGUUCAGAGCAGCCCGCUGGAAAAUGACGUAAUUGAUGAGAAGCGUACGGAUCCAAGUACUGUCGAGCCACUAGUGAGAAGCCAGAUCGAGAACUUUGAAGAAGCGAAGUCUUGUGUGGUGCCAUUGUGGUUCGCUGAUUUAAAAUUGUACGUACAAUUGGAUUCCGGUGCUACACCUAAUAUAAUGUCUGAGUCAUGUGCAAAUAUGUUAAUAAAUAAUUACAAAGAUAAAAUCGAGUUUAUUCAUUUGAAAAGAGUAUUGCAAUGCAGACUGGCGAACAAUCAAACGGUGAGAACCUGGAAGAAAGCGAUAGUAGUGCCUCUAAAGUUCGGUAAGCACAAGAUUAAGGUGCCAUUUUUCGUGAUGCCUGGUGACAACAAGUUGUUACUGAUUGGUUCCAAAUCACUCGAGAAGCUCGAAAUAACUACAAACAUGAAAACAGGUACUGCUAAAUGUAAGCCCCCAGGUACGAACAGAGCAGAAGAAGUAGCUUUUGUCAAGAGAAGUGAGUACAGGGAGGAGGAUGUUUCUGCAAACCAAAUUCAGAUUGUAGACGAGUACGAACCUGAGUCCAUUGAGAUUGUAUCUCGAGCAGACCUACAUAGCUUUUUUAGAAGAGACGGUAGGCCUAAGGAUGAUGGUCCAGAUAUCUUUGAGAGAAAUCUUAAGAGGUAUUUGGGUGAGGCGGUACGAGAAGGGAGAAUCACAAAAGUUGAGUCGGAAGAGGCGCUGGAGGAGCUACUCCAAUUUAAAGAUGUUUUUAGCCGUUUUCCUGGAAAAUACACUGGGGCAAUGGUCAAAUUAAAGUUCGUUGACCCCAACAAAAUUCCAAACUUCGUAGGCCCAAAGUAUACACCUUCAAACAAGCAGUUAGAAAAAGUUAGGCGUGCAUUAGCUGAUAUGAUCGAGCAGGGAGUAGCAGAGCCGUCUGACACAACUUACAUUAACCCUUUGGUGCCUAACGAGAAGAAGGACGGUAGCGUUAGACUUUGCUUAAACCCAGUAGAGUUAAAUCCUAUACUACAGAUUAAUUAUAAUGAGGCGGGCCUCCUAGAUAGAAUUAUUACUUCAGAUGGAGACGCUCGUUUUUUCACAACGUUGGAUUUUACUACAGCCUUUUGGCAGCUUGUGUUGCACCCAGAGUCGCGCAAGUAUUGUGGUUUCAAGGUCGAUGGCCGAGUAUAUCAAAUGAUUAGGUUGCCAUACGGUCUGAAGAUAUCGUCUGCGGAAUUCGUAAAAGUUAUUAAUUUAAUUAUACCGGAUAUGGAGGGAGUGACAAAAUACGUAGAUGAUUUGCUACUGAGGUCACUCACCUUUCGCGAGAUGCUGAAGUUGAUGAUUUAUAUAUUUGGCAUCUUGCGUGAUAAUGGAUUGAGACUGAAUGCCAACAAGUGUAAGUUCUUUGCAAGCUCCACGGACCAUCUUGGCUUCAACAUUUCAACGAGAAGCAUAAAAAAACAAAAAAAGAAAAUUGAAGGUUACUUGGAGUAUUUGAAAAAGAAAACAAACGUUAGAACUGGUAAAGUAAAAUUAAGAAAUGUACGAGAAGUGUUGGCAUUGAUUGGCUUAACUGGUAUUUAUAGUCGCUUCAUUCCUAACUACCAAGACAUAGUGAGGCCUCUUUAUGACUUAACUCGAAAAGGUGUACCAUUUAUAUGGGGCACCGCUCAAGAAGAGGCGGUAGACAAAUUAACUGAGGAGUUUACCAAAGAAUUUGAGCUUAUGACACCGGUAGAUGGAGAAGACAUGUACUUGGACACAGUCUCCACUGAGCAUUCGAUCAAUGGUGUUUUGUAUCAAAACAUCAAAGGAGAAGAUAAAAUUGUAAUGUUCGUGAGUAGUGCGUUUAAACAACACCAACAAAAUUACACGUUAAUUGAGCGCGAAAUGUAUGCUUUGGUUCGAGUAAUAAAUAAGCUGCAGUUGUGGCUUCAUGGGAGGCGUAUCCAUGUGAGAGGAGACCUCCAGUCAGUCGUGCACAAGUUUACAACUCUGGCUAAGGUGCAUAGAAAGGCGGCUGGCUGGAUAACAGAGUUGAAUUGUUAUGAUCUCACGUACGAUUUGAAACAUAAAGUACGUGGCCAAUGGUAUGGAAUUCAGGCGCCUGAGUUGACAAUUUAUGACACAAAUUGGUCCAACAUGAUACCGUUAAACGUAUCAUUCGUAGAGUUGGUCAAAGAUGAGAUUUUGGAUCACUUGAGACGCUUGGACAUCUUCCAGAGUCGUGAUAGGAUGUGUACAAAGAUUGUGCGCAAACUGAACGCUCUUGAGCUUGAUAUGACUGCAAAGCAGUUAGAGUCGAAGAGAAGAAUUCAGGCGAAGUAUGCAGUGAUUAAAGAGAAGGAUAAAGAGUUGCUCUACAGAAAGUUCAAAGAUGGCUCGAGAAUUCCAGUGAUGCCUGACGAGUUAUUCAGGGAUACCAUUGUAUACCUGCAUGAGAUGUAUGGUCAUAUUGGAGCUCACAAAUUGGAGGCAGUAUUUAAGAGACUUUAUUACUCACCCAAUAUCGUAAAAACUACACGGAUUAUUACAAGUGAGUGCAUUACUUGUCGAAAGACCAAAGGCUAUAGCGAGAAGAAGCGCUUGCAAUUUUCUCAAAUUGAGGCGUUCAACAUAGCGGACGUCAUCUCGGCGGACCUAUGUGGACCAAUCGCGAAUGAGCAAGGAGAACCAAAGUACAUGUUUGUAGCUAAGUGCGUUUUUACUGGCAAAGUUUGGAUAAUUCCAUUGGAGUCGAUUCCAGCUGAGACAGUUGUGCACGCUAUGGAGUUAGUACUAGAAGAUAUCGAGAAGCUCGGUCAUAAGGUUCGUAAAGUGAUCACGGACAAUGGCACUCAGUUUAGAAGCGAAAGCUGGAAUGAGAUGCUUAAAGCUAAUGGCGUAAAAGUAGGCCAUACGACAACGUACAAUCCGCAGUCAUCACUGGUUGAGCGCACGAUGCGCAUAAUUGGUGAUAGAUUGCGAGCAAAGUUAAACAAUGAGCCGGAAGAUGAUGAGUAUACUCACCACGGUUGGCAUGUACAUGUUAAGAAAAUUGAGUCGGAGAUAAACAACACCCCUACUGAGUAUGGCAUAAAACCGAAUGAGGUAUGGGGCAUCGAAGAUGAGUUUUCUGCCAAUAUGCCAACCAAGUUGGCCAAGUUAAAUUCGAAAUACCUGCUCAAGAAGCUGCAGCAGGAUAUGUUAGAAAAGAAUCCUAAAUCUGUGACUAGCGAGACGCUCAUGGAAAAACCCAUUGAGCUCUCAAACCUGAUAAGAGACGAAGAUGGUUAUUAUUGGGCUGCUGUUGACGGAGCUUGCUCUAACAAUGGCUCCAGUGAUGCCAUCGCGGGUAUAGGGGUGGCUUGGACUCCUAAUGGAGAAUUCAACAUUUCUGAAAGAAUUGACCACCCUAGGUACCGAAAUACCAACAAUUUAGCUGAGGCGGUAGCUCUGAGUAAAGCUAUGAAGGUGUUGCUUAAGUUAGGUGCGAGACGCGCGAAAAUUUUUUCUGAUUCGUGCUAUUUAACAACCGCGAUUAAUUAUAACGUGGAGAAGUGGAAAACCAACAGCUGGAAGAAUGCGAGUCGAAAACCAGUUGUGCACCGCGAAAUUUUUCAAGAAAUUUUAGAAUUGAAAGAAAAAUUUGAGAAGUUUGAAUUAAAGCACACCCCCGCGAGAAGCUUUGAUCGUAAUAAUCAUGCAGCUGAUAAGCUUGCACGUAAGGCAGUGUAUACCCAAGAAUUAGUAGACCUACGAGUUGAUGAAAUGACUGAGCAGCAGGCGUUAAUUUCGUACAUUAGGGAGAGAAGAAAGCUACAGAGAUCUAGAGACGAAGUAGCAUUUUACAAACUUAAGGGUGACCCCAUUUGUUACGAGGAGGGGGAGCUAGUUAUGCUCACAGAGCACCGGCAGAGCUCCUACGACAAAGGGGUCUCGAAAAAGCUGUUUCCCAAGCGUUUUGGACCUUACAUGGUCAUGAAACACGUUGGUGAUAACGCGUACCGAGUGAGAAGCAUCGCUAAUGAGUCUGAUGAACAAAUUGUAAAUGCCAGACAAAUGACGAUCUAUUUGAGUUUAGAACAACAAGAGAAGCUCAAAAAUGACCCUAAGUUACAGUCAAAAACCGAUAAUAGGCCCCUAAUUGAGAAAAUAAGAGAAAAAGUAACGCCGAAGGAAAUCGAGAAGUCAGAAAGUGAGGAAGAGGUUGAAGAAGAGGUCACUGACCUUAAAAUACAUGAUCAAGUCGCGGAAAGAGCAGCUAGGCUACUGGCUAGAGAAAUGCGUAAAAAAGAACUCGAAGAAGCUGAGAAAAAUAAAAGUAAGAAACUGCAGGAAUUUCAGAGACUCAAAAAACAUGCGAGACGCAAGUUGGAUGAUAAAGAGAAUGAAAAAAUCGAAGACUGUAUAAAAAGAGCGGUAAAUUUGAGUAAAAAGGCUGGAGAGAUUAUUGAAAAUGCGAAAAAGAAAGAUAAAGAGAGAAAACGUACGAAAAUUUUGAAGCCAGGUGAGACGCCACCAGGAUCAGCUGAUCCUGAUUACGUACCUCCAACGAGUAUGAAAAGGCGAAAAAAGAAAACAGCCAAUUUUAUUGCGUUAGAGAAGUUGGAAUCUCACCAUAGAAUAAAUUUCGUCGAGCUGUAUUUAAAUUACGAUGAUAUUGCGAAGUAGAGUCGUUGAUUGAGUAGCUGGAGUUCCAGACAUUGCUCUGCAGUGUCAAAACCUGUAAAUUUUUUUUUUACCUGUAAACAAUUUAUUUUAUUCAAAAAUUACUCGUGGAAGUGUUUUAAUCGGUUUCACUACAUCAGAAUUGGGCAAACGAAAGCGAGAGUGUUUUUACCCGAGCAGCCUAUGAGCUAUAGGAAAAGAGUACUGUAAGCGAGUAGGCGGGGGGUGGUUAGACACGCCGCACAACGAGAACGAAGCGAGAACGGCUCUCCGCACCGUGUUACUACGAGCAGCAAGCAUUUAUGCGUACUAGCGAGUAGGCGCGGGGUAGAGGUAAACCGAACGCAACGAGAACGAAAAGGAACGGCUCCCCUCGUACCAUUGCAACGAAGCAAAGAGUCGUUUUGCGUGUAAGCGAGUAGGCGGGGAGUGGUUACGAGCCGAAUACAACGAGCCGGUUGCAUUGUAACAGGCAACCAACUGAUAAGAAAAAUAUUUCGAUCGAAUGAAAAGGCAGAUGGUUUGACUAUUGUGUUUUGCGUUGAGUUGUGAAAUAUGUCGAAAUGUGCUUGAUUGUUGAAAUGUGAAUUUUUUUCGUGAUUUUUUGGCAAUUAUUACGGUAAAUUGCGAUCGGUGGUGUAUAAAAAGUAAUUUUUCGUGUUCGUGAUCGUAUUUGCGGUUCGAUUAAGGUAAGAAAUUUUGAAUUACGGUGAUUUUUCGCGAAAUGAGCAGCUUCGUGCAGGUUUGGUGUUGGAAAAUUUUGUAGCAGAAAUGUGCCUGACGGAAUUUGCGUAAGUCCAAUUUAGAAUAAUAUUAAUACGCGGUUUUCUAUGUUCAUAGCCGAGAAGUAUUGUGUUUCGUACAUCUGGAGUGCGUGGUUAGCCAAAAAUCGUGGAAAUUUCAAAAAUCGAGAAGCUCUCGUCGCGUGUGCUUGCUAAAAGAACAAAACGAGCAGCAACGUGGUUGGAAAUUCCUUUGAGUUGCCAGAAAGUUUUUCUCGAUUAGUAAUUGCGACUUUGGUUGGACGAAGCUUUAAUCGGAAAGCUGAUUAUUGGACGGAGUGUUAUUUAUUGACGCUGAAAAAAAAA